AUCGAGUACAGAUUCAUCGAUCCUACUGUCCAUGCUUUAUUUUCAUCAUGGAGAAGCCUGCCGGUUCUUUACAGGAGCAAGCAUUGAAAAGAAAGGAGAGGUUAAAGGCACUACGAGAUCGACAGUUGCAAGGCCAUGCACCUGCAGAUGGAGAGCCUGAGAGGAAAAGAGCUCUGGAAGACACUGAGACAGAGGACAGACACAGAGAGCUGAAGCUGCGGAAUUACACUCCGGAGGACGAGGAGCUGAAGGAGAGACAGGUGCCCAAAGCAAAGCCUGCAUCAGUUGAUGACAAGGUCAAAGAUCAGCUGGAAGCUGCGAACCCUGAACCUGUGAUUGAGGAAGUGGAUCUGGCCAAUCUUGCUCCUAGAAAACCAGACUGGGAUUUAAAGAGAGACGUGGCAAAGAAGCUUGAGAAACUAGAGAGGAGAACACAGAAAGCCAUUGCUGAACUUAUACGUGAACGGCUCAAGGGCAGCGAGGAAGAGCUGGCAGGAGCGGUUGGAGCUGUUGGCGUGGAGGAGGGAGACUCGGAUUGAAUCUGCUUUAAGAAUGGCAGUUUCAGCAGCGUGUGUUUGAAACAGACUCCAGUUUAUGUCCAGAUCAGGUGAUUUAGAAGUGUGAGUGUAUUAGAGAGAAUGAGAGAGGGAAAGAACGACGAGAGAUGGAGUUUUUGUUUUUCACAUUUUAUUAUUUUGUGGUUUAUAAGUAAACAAUCCUUCUUUUCUAA